AUGGCACCCGCAAUUCUCAAAUCUGAAGCUGAUGCCCCGGCACAAAACUACGUUGCUGCUAAGCAGCCCGCUCGGUCUCAUAGCCCCUCCCUUCUUCAUCGAUCUUUGCUAGAGAAACCUCACAAAGUGAUCAGAGCCAGUGGAAGUUAUCUCUACCUUGAAGAUGGCCGGAGAAUACUGGAUGCGUGUGGGGGUGCCGCCGUCGCCAUCAUUGGCCAUGGAAACGACGAAGUUGCACAGGCAGCCUUGGAUCAGAUGCGCCAGGUCAGCUAUGUGCACACUCUCUCUUAUACGACUGACUCAGCUGAGAACCUCGCACGGAGCAUCCUGAACUCUGAUGACUCUGGAUUUGACCAUGGUUUGGUGAAGGCCUUUUUCGUGGGAAGUGGAAGCGAGGCCAACGAUGCGGCAAUGAAAUGUGCUCGGCAGUACUGGUAUGAGAAAGGACAAAGCCAGCGCCGGUAUUUCGUGUCCAGAGAACAAGGCUACCAUGGCAAUACAAUAGGCGCCAUGUCAGUGUCGACGAUGGUCGGCCGCAAGGUUCCAUACCAAGAUAUUUUACUUCCUCAUGUUUCGCAUGUAAGCGCAGCGGAUAUUUAUCAUGGCUUGAAGGACGGGGAGACAGAAAAGGAGUUUACGCAACGCCUUAUCGCAGAGAUCGAGGAGGAGUUCUUGAGGUUAGGGCCAGAGAACAUCAUCUCUUUCAUGGCGGAGACCGUUGUUGGAGCAGCUUCAGGUACGAUGACGGCUCCAAAAGGUUACUGGUCGGCGGUACGAGACUUAUGCAACAAAUAUGGGAUUCUUCUUCAUCUCGAUGAGAUCAUGUGUGGGAUGGGCCGUACUGGAACACUGUUCGCCUUCGAGCAAGAAGGAAUCCAGCCUGACAUUGUGACCAUUGGAAAGGGCCUCGGUGGAGGGUAUUCACCUAUCGCGGCAAUGCUCAUCAACAGUACUAUUGUUGAUAGUCUUCGAACAGGGACGUCAGCUUUCAACCACGGGCAGACCUACCAAGCUCACCCAGUAUCUUGCGCUACUGCUCUCGCUGUUCAAAAUAUCUUGAGACGAGAUGGCCUUCUUGAGAGGGUAAAAAUUUUGGGGUCAAAGUUACACGAUCUGCUCUUGACAACAUUUGCAGGAUGUGACUACGUAGGUGACAUUCGGGGUCGGGGCUUGUUCUGGAGCCUUGAGUUUAUGGAAAAUAAAGCCCAAAAACGCCCUUUUCCUAGGGAAUUCCAUUUUGGCCCUCGCGUCCAACAGGCAGCUUUUACCAUGGGGGUCGCUGUCUAUCCUGGGUCAGGUACUAUCGAUGGUUUGAACGGUGACCAUGUCAUAUUUGCUCCACCAUAUACAACAACAGAGGAGGAGCUCGAAGUUGCAGUUGCUACCGUCAAAAAGGCUUACGACGAAGUACUUUCAGCUUACUUCAGUCUAGAACAUGCUAUAUAG